GUGGUGGCCGAGGCAGACCGUACCGUAGUGAGGAGCGUCGAUGCGUGCCGUGGACUAUGGGUGGUUUAGUCAUCGACGAGGCAUCGCCGACUAUUCACAGUUCGAGCUAAUCGUCCGGAAGAUGAAGUUGAGGAAUUUGGGCCCACGGGACGACGAACCUUGCUUACUUAAGACCCGACGCCUCUGAUAGGCACAUCACUACCCACGAGACUUGGCUGAGGAUCGGCUGAAAGGGCGUGUGAGUGCGUGGACGGAGAUUCUCGGGGAAUUUGGCAACGGUCGCGACAGACUGAGGAUAAGAGAGACGCGGACAUGGCCGGCGAGGACACGGAGCUCUGUGGCUUCAUGGACGCAAAACUGCCCGGUGGCCGCUGCAUGAGCCAGCGGGUGAAAAAGCGCUCACUGGCCCCGUGGAAGGUGUGGCGCCGACACUGGUGCUCGGUACGUAAGCUCGGACCGGGCCUCGGGAUCGAGCUCCUCCUUGAUUACGGAGUGGGCAGCAACGUGGGCCCGGCGAGCGCCGACAAGGACAACUGCAUUAGGAUACCGGCCAACGCUAUUGUCUGCCGCACAGAGUCGCGCACCAAGCAAUUCGCCUUCGGGGUUUUUCCGGCGAAGGAGCGCAAGCCCCUCGUCUACCUGGCGGCCAACUCCGAGAGCGAGUCCCAGCGCUGGAUGGCGAGCCUGCGCCAGCUGCUCAGACCGAGGCGGCACCGCUUCAUGGACGGCACCUUUAAUGUCUCGAUGGUCGAUAACGCACACUCGAGAUCAGCCGGACUGACUGGACUGUAUGGGGACUUGGUGGCCAGCCGCACCGGUAUCUUUGUGAAGGACGUGCACACGGGCGACAUCGUGGAGACGAUCGAUUGGAAGGAGACGAGCCAGUUUCACCUGUCGAGCUCCGGCCGUCCGGAGGAUGUGAAGCGUGUCUGCGUAAUUCACACGACGAAGGCCUUCCGCGGCGGUAUCGGCGAGCUCCACGUGUUCUGUUUGAACGCGCCCCGUCUGCUCCAGGACCUGGUGACGCAGGGUCGCGGACCCCGACACAAGCAUCUCGCCCAGCGUCCGCUCAGCCUCAGCGAGGGCGACCUGAGACUUGCCGUCCAACCCGGCACCGACUGCAGCGACCGCGGUCUCGAGGUUCUCAAGCGCAAGAUCACGACGGUGAACAUCGUCAAUAAUGGCCUUGGACUCCUGCUGUCGACAAGGUCCGGAAGCGAGGCCAAGCUCCUCGGCGACAUUGUCGUUAACAACGGGACGCUCGAGAAAAUGACGUCAAAAAUGGCAAUGCACAAGCGCGCCGUGGACAACGUGUACCAACCGGAGCCGGCCGCCAUUAAUAAUGUGAUGUCGAGCCUCGAGGAGCUGGAGGAACCUUCCUCGAGGCGCGUCUCGAACAUAUCCGUGGCCUCGGGCAUCUACGAGGAGAUCCUCGAUGAUUUCGUGGCACCGAGGACGCGCAGAGUGCCGUCGAACCUAUACGAGGACCCGGAGGAGCUCAUAUUGAACUCAUCCGUCAAGCUCCAGCCGCCGCCGCUGCCGCCCCGACAAAGACGCGAAUCUGGAUCAGUGCGAAAUGGAAGCAUUAGCGACGACGGUUUGGACUCGGAGGGCGGCACUCGAUCAGCGACGCCCAACACGCAGGAGGACACAACGCCAACGCCCGAGGAGAAGGUAUCCGUGUCGAAUCGCAUCCUCGAGGACACUUCGGAUUACGUGCCAAUGUCGCCACGCCUGCAGGACAUUGCACUGCACGAGCUACAGCAGCAAGCGCAACAAGAGAACUUGUACAUGGUGAUGCGAUAAGCGAUGAAGAAUGUCCAUGACUGUCUCGGACGGGA